AUGAGUUCUUUUAUUCCGUCUACAGAAGAAUUUAAAUUAUUAGAAGAACUUAUCGAAAUUCUUUUUCCUUUUGAUGAAGCAACACAAUUCUUAAAUCCAAGUGAAAUUGGCAUGUGCUGCUCCUUUCUCGAUCCAAGAUUUAAAAAAUUAAACUUUUGCACUGGUGCUUUACGUCACACAACCAUUCAGAAUAUGCGUCGCCAAUUUAAUGAACUUUGUCCAACACCAACCACUGAUGUUAAUACAACAAACACUAACGACAAUAAUUUGACUUCAACAUCUUUGCAUCAAC